AAUAACUAACGUGCUCCUUUUAAUCCAGUCUUAAAUCUAAUAUCGCUUUGAGUUGAUUUCACUUUAAAGAUGGUCACAGGCUGCGGUGCGGUCGGCUACAGAAAAAGACAAGGAUAUAAACCAAACUUGUCAAUUUAUUUUAUAACUUUUAAUGAGAAAAGAUAUGGCGGCGAUGUAAAGCAGCCGUUAAUCACAAUGACUGGCAGCCCUCGGUGUAUCCGCGGAUUUGCAGUGAACAAUUUUUACAAGGUCGCAAAACGCUGCAAAGACAAGAAAGAUCAACUCCUCUGUCAGUCUCAACAGUUUUUAGCAACAAAUGAACAACGCUGACCAACUUUGAGGCUGUUCUGAUUGGCUGGCCCUGGGGAAAGGAGAUAUCAUGUUUAGCCCCGAACCAACAUGCAUCCCUCAUCCACCAUCCGCUGCCGCCACGAUUGUGAGGAAGAGAAAAAAAAAGCACGGGCGAGUGUCAGAGGGAGGUCUGUGCGUUCAGGCGAUCACACACUCUGCUCUUUCUGCUAAAGUGCUUCUCGUCUCCUCGGCGGAGGUUGAUGAGGUGAGUCGGCUGUGCCGGAUCACGACUUCAAACAGAAUCCAGCGUUCCUGCGGAGAGGCCGGCCCAGCCCAGAACAAUACCCACAUUACCCCUCCAUAUGACCGGUCCGAUCUGGGAGCCGGGGGUCGGGGAGGCGGACAGGAACACGUGAUCCGGAUCACGGCGGAGGUGGGAAUUUUGAUCACAGGGAUUUGCAAAGGAGACCUGGAAAAGGGAGAUCAGGAAAGGGCCACAAGACCACUCUGUUGCCAUGGAAACCUCCACAAUCAGAGCGCAGGAGGCCGUGGCCCGGGAUCUCAGAGAGCGUUAUGGAAUGAGGACGAGAAACGAAAUGAGCUGCGGACACAAGGGACAAAGCAUGCAGUGGUAUUUCACCACGUUUCUCUCUUUUGUUUUCAUUUGAGUGGAAGUUUCGAGAAGUGCGUCUUGACGAAUUGCAUGGCCUGGUGUUGGAAGUGCAAGACACAGCAGCAUAUUGCAGAUUGACAGGUGGAUGAUCUCAGUGAGUGGAGCACCCUGGGAUCGACUGCAUAAUCAGGGAGACAAAGGAGCACAGGAAGAGACGAAGAGAGAGGGGCAGAGUGUGUGUGUGUGCGCGUGGGUGUGCGUGUGUAUGUGUGUGUGUGUGUGAGAGAGGGAUGAGAGAAGCAGAGAAGUACGGAAUAGUAAAAUUCCCAGAGGUGUGAAGGGGUUGUGUGCGCUCGUCUCUGUUUAUUUCUCUGCAUUCGUUUGAAAUGGUUUGCGUGUGUGUAUACGUUUCUCUGUUGGUGUAUUUAAACCUCCAUGUGUGUGUGCGUGUGCAUGUGUGUGUGCAGGAGGUGUUUGAUGGUUUCCAACAGUAAAUAGGUUCAUUGUGAGAACAGCAAAGGUUCCACAUCAGGAGACUUCCCUGGUAAUUAUACGGGAGCAGAACUAGCCCCUCCCCUCUUUAACACACACAUCAGUGAUGUUGCUGUGGUGUGUGUCUGGGUGUGUUGUGGGUGUGAGAGUGUGUAAUGUAAUGUGGGUGUUUGUCUUGCCAUAAAGCAGCGGAUCUGUGAUCUCGGGUGCCUUGCGCGUAAAGCUGUGGUUGACAUCCUCACACGCUGUUCCACAGUAAACAGGUUUCCUCUGCAGCGCAGGAAUUAGCGGCGCGGCGCGGCCGACCGCGGGGCUCAAAGCCGGAGGAGUCGCUUAUAAUUGACCAACUCUGUCGACAAGUUUCACAAGCGCCUCCCGUUGCUCUCCGUUCGGGUUGGGCUCCGUUUCAUCUGCGUUUCAGAACCUCCCCGACUCACAUCGGAGGAUAAACAAAAGCAUUACGGGGCCAAACGGAGAACAUGGCGGGGCUGAGAGUUUGAAAGUGCUGGAAAUCAAUACGGCUAAUGGU